UGAGCUGCUCAGUUUGGAGUCGUUGCUCGCGAGACUCGAUUCACCGAGACAGUCACUGUUCGCGUGCUGUCGGCUCUCGAUAGCUGCACAUCUCGAUACUCCUACGUUCGGAUCGCGGCGGGUUUCUCUCCUUCCCUCUUGCUUUCUAUCGUCGCGUUCCAUUUAUACCUAUAUAUGCGAGUUGCAGGCGUGCGCCCCGCGCCGAUUCUACGACAUUCGUAUUUGCGACAUUUGCGAGUGUGCGCGUGUGCCGUGCAAAAGUGUGUGAGUGCGCAGUGCAGUGCCGUGAGUGCAGUGCACGAGUAUAUAGUAUAUAUUACUUAUAAGCUGCUGCUGCUGCGGCUGGCGCGACACCACCGCGAGAGACUCCAGAGAACAGCGGCUGCGAUUUUCUCUCUCGUAACAUAAUAGUAAUUCUGACUCAGCGACGAGUCGCGAGCGCUGUAUAGCUGGUCGCGUGCUGCGGACCUCCGAGUCUACUGCUCACAAUUACACAGUCGCACUACUGCUGCUGCUACCGUUGCAGUACAAGUUGGCGCGCAGCCCGAGCUGCAGGUGCUUCCGACAACGGCAAUCCUAUAGUCACCAGUGUUGUGCUUUGUCGCGUUGCCGCAAUAACGCAGACACACGAGCCAUUGCAGGACAGCGAGGAGCACAUCGACAACGCCAAUCAACAUAUAAACAAAUUCGGCCGAACGACGACGACGACGACGAAUGUGCCCCGCAGCCAGCUGCAUACAUGCCGCAAGACACAAGCGCCCGAGAGCAGCAGCGGAAGCAACAUCCUACCCAGCCAAUUGGCCGAGGCAGUCGUCACGAGUAGUGAUCGCAGUCGCGAGGAGGAGGCCGGCUGAGGCAGCGCGUUCGUUAUACCACAGCGAGCUUAGCUAGCUGCUGCUGCUGCCGCUGCAACGACAACUCGGCCGCCGAGACUCGCUCGCCUGCUCUUAGCCACCGACUCGUGUUCGCCGCUGCUGCAGCCCUUCGCAGCGACGCCAUGGCCAUGGAGCUGGCACGCAACUUUUCCGACAUCUUCUGGACGCCGAAUAUCUGGCUGCCGCCGAACGUUAGCUGGGCCGACAUCGCCCCGACGCCGCAAAACAGAUACGCCGAUUACCGGCAGCUAGCCUAUCCACUGCCCAUGGCAGUGGCCCUUUUAUUGCUUCGAUACGCCCUGGAAAGAUAUUGCUUUGCACCUUUGGGAAGAAAUUUGGGUAUCAAAACUUCACGGUCUAAAAAAGCAACUCCUAAUCCUAUUCUGGAAAAGGCUUAUGCAACAAAAAAAAUUAAACAAAAACAGAUCACUGCACUUGCUAAACAAUUAGAUUGGACUGAAAGACAAGUAGAGAGAUGGCUUCGAUUAAGAAAAACUCAAGAUAAACCAUCAACUCUCACCAAGUUUUGUGAAAAUAGUUGGCGAUGUCUUUAUUACACUUAUUCUUUUCUUUUUGGAUUAUAUAUUUUAUGGGAUAAAAAAUGGCUUUGGGAUAUAAACCAUUGCUACUACAACUAUCCUUAUCAUCCAAUGACUAAUGAUGUAUGGUGGUAUUACAUGGUAUCCAUGGCUUUUUAUUGGUCUUUGAGUAUUUCUCAGUAUUUUGAUGUUAAACGUAAAGAUUUUUGGCAAAUGUUCAUACAUCAUAUAGCAACUAUUGUUUUAAUGUGCUUUUCCUGGAUUGGGAAUCUCACAAGAAUUGGCACUCUUGUACUCCUUGUUCAUGACUGUGCUGAUAUUUUCUUGGAGGCAGCAAAAAUGGCUAAGUAUGCAAACUAUCAAAGAGUUUGUGACUUUAUUUUUGUAAUCUUUACUGUAUUAUGGAUUGUUACACGAAUGGGUAUUUUCCCAUUCUGGAUUAUUUACAGUACCUUAAUUGAAGCACCACAGAUAGUGCCGAUGUUCCCAGCAUACUAUAUUUUUAACUCUUUACUAAGUCUUUUACUUGUACUACACACUUUUUGGACUUGGCUUAUCUUAAAAAUAGCUUAUAAUGCAUUAAUGGCUGGACAGAUGGAAGGUGAUAUUCGUAGUGAUAGUAGUGAAGAAAUCUCUGAAGAGAUUGUAAAUGGGACAGUGCUAAAUAAUGUGAAUAAUACAACAAAGACAGUUAUAAGGCAAAAACAAAAUUAGUGUAAGUGUAACUUAACAUAUGGCCUGAAGAAUCAAGUAUUACACCUAUUCAAAAGUGAAUUGCCAUUGCCUUUAAACUGAAUGAAGAAUAGAUGACCAGAGUGUAAAUUCACAGUUUAAAGUUUUUGUAAUUGAAAUAAUUAUAGAAAUUAUUUAGCUCGGACGAAUUGCGAACUCUUCAAUAUUGAAGAUGUUGCAUUAACUUGCUAGCGCAGCUGUUAUACAAAUUAAUAUAUUAAAUGGUAUAAUGCAGUUGUAGCCUUCUUACAGGCUUUCUUUAUUAAGUUAAUGCAUUUUAUUGUUGCAAAAUGUAUAUUACGUCGUUUUUCACUUUACCUUUAAAUAUUUUAUGGACACAUGAAUACUUGUCAUAUGUAUUUUUUCAUCUCUUACAUUCUGCGAAAAUGUUUAUAAAAUUUUUAAUAUUUCAUUCCACUAACACACCACAUUCUUACAUUAAAGAAGUGAGAAAUUUAUAGGAAAUGUUUACCUACACAAUUAAGUUUUAUAGAAUCUUUGAUAAUAACUUGCUACUGUGGAAUGAAGUUUCGUGGAAACAAUGAAAGUAACAUAACAUGUAUAUUUUAAAAUCAUUUUUAAUAUCUUAUUUAUAUCACAAGAAUGUUAUCUUGUAACAUGAUGUUUCCAAAGAACCUCCAAAUCAUCAGUAAAUUAUAAAAAUAACUUCAAUAAAUCAUUUUUUAUCGUAAA